AUGGUUUCAUCAGAAGUUUCCCAGAAUUUUUGGCACCGAGACCGUCGAGGCGGCGACGCUGGCCGAGAGCGUGAGAAGGAUCCGAAGAUCUUUGUGGAGAAAGGUGGCAUUGGCUUCUUUGUCAAUAUUCCUGGACAAAAAGAAGCAAUCGUCUUCACUACAAGCCAUAACUUCAUAGAUGAGAACGUCAAAAUAACUCAAAAUCUCCGAGCCUGGUCGUCUGACCUUGGGGAGCAGCAUAAAGGGGGGGAAAUCCUUAAGCCGGAUACACGGACCAGUGAAGUCUUUUCAACCACACCUAACGAACAGUCUGCAAUCGAUGAUUUCGGCAUCCUUAUGAUUCCCAAGAGCAACAACCCUCCUCCUCCUAGGACGGCUUUUGAAUUCGCUAUGAGACUGGCCGAGGAGGAGAGACUAGAAGGAAUCUGCAGAAUCUCUAGCUAUUUGACAACUGCCAAGGCUGACAAGCCGCCUACACGCAUUGCAGAGCGAAUUUUCAGUCCUAUCCUGAAACAGCAUCAGCUUGAGUAUCUUAUUUGGAGGCUGGUUAAGACGGCCCCCAAGUACACUUGA